CACUGUUCUUCUCUAUGGGCAUGACGAGGUAAAUGCCAAAGUUACAAAGAUGGCUGAAGAAAAUCUAACGGCGGAAAGCGGGGGUUUGUUAGUGAACUUAUUUUGGGGGAUUUUUACCAGUCCAGUUAAUAUUUUUCUUGUCGGUGUAAUAGCAGUUUUGGCCUACAAAAUAAUUAAGAGCAGGCAAAAGGUGGACGAGCCAUCUGAACCGGAACCUCAACUUCCAAAGCUCAGGAAGGAUUUCACAGUGCAAGAACUAAAGAAAUAUGACGGAACAGGACCGGACGGUAGAGUUUUAGUUGCAGUCAAUGGAAAAGUGUUCGAUGUGACUAAAGGGAAACGCUUUUAUGGGCCAGGGGGCCCCUACUCUGCCUUUGGAGGUCGUGAUGCGUCGCGCGGCCUGGCGACCUUCUCCGUGGACGCUGGGAAAGACGAGUACGAUGACCUGAGUGACCUGAACACCAUGGAGAUGGACUCAGUGCGGGAGUGGGAGGAGCAGUUCCGAGAGAAGUACGAGUACGUGGGCAAGCUGCUCCGGCCGGGCGAGACGGCCACCUGCUACUCUGACGAGGAGGAGGAGGGCAGCCAGCAGGAGACGUCCUCCGAGGGGGGCCACAAGGAACCGGCGAGCCCGGCCGAGGCCGCCGCCAAGUCCAAGGACGACUGAAGGGGGCGGGCGGCCGGCCCCGCCAGCCUCUCCCGGGCGGGUGCUUCUUCGCGACUGUACCGUCUCCGCAACGGAAGCGCACACUGAGGCGCUCGGCCCGCCUUGGCCCCACGAGCCGCACGGCUCUGCACCUGUGUCGUGUCUCUUGCUGAUAUGUCUUCAAUUGGAGCGUGCGUGGGUGGCUGCUUUUCUUUUUCCUGGCGUCAACAUUCCUGGGCAUCGCUGUUUUCAAACAACCGCACUUUGCCUUCCUGGACCUGCGGGGCGACAAUAGUCCCGGUCAGAAUCUCUCUCGGAUGUGUGCGGAGUGACCAGGAGUCUGUAAAAAAAAACUGCGUUAUUUUUUGUUUCCAGGGGUGUUAUAUGUUACUAAAAGAAGAAAUAAUCUUUUAGAAGCUGUUAGAGUGUUCUUUAUGUAUGUAUUUGUUUCUCAUUAUUUUCACGUCAUGUUUUCUUAGUUGUGUAAAUGUUGAAGGCAUACAGUCUUGUUCAAGUUUUUUCCCACGAUAUGGGUGAGAUGAAGUUUGUAGGGAGAUGGGAGACACGUGGCUUACCUGUUGCUGCUGUUGAAAUCUUUACAUCAAAACUAUGGGUGAUGGGUCUCAUGCACAAGAGUGUCCAAACAAAUUUUUUUGUUGCUUAAUAUGCGUAACGGCACUUGUUUUGUAUUUUAUUGCUUUUAUUUGUAAGGAAAUUUUAUAGUUAUGGCUGUAGUAGACGUUUUUAAUCUAGUUCUGUUUAUGGAAGUACAAAAAUUUAUUACUUAAUGUGCAAUCGUAUUUUCCAUCAUACUCUGCUCAAAACAGUGAGAAAAAUUGAAUAUUUUAAAUUGUAAUGUUAUAUAAUGUCAAGAGUUGAUUUUUAUCAUGUAAUUUUGUGUUCUUCAUUGGUGUUUGGGGCAAGAUCUUAUAAAAUAUAGUAUUCAAUUUUUAAUUUAUGUAAAAAUAUGAUGAAUAAAUUAGUGCUUGAUUAA